CAAACGCGAAUCUAUGAAAAUAUUGAUAACAAACACCUAACAUUUAUGUAUAAAUAGAUGUAAGAUGAUGGUAGCGAAGAGCAGUUUCAUGGUGUCGGUUACAACCUCAACUUGAACGGUCAAUAAACGGAAUAAAUUUCAAAUAUAAAUUUUUCAAUAGAAAGAAGAAAUUUUUGUGUUGUGAUCUGUGUGUUUAUGUUAUCGUGACGAUGAACUCUCUUCUGAGCAAACUGACUGGUUCCGGUGUAACCCAGCCACCAAAACUUCGCAUUGCCAUCAUUGGUCAGAGUAAUUUCGCAGCCGAAGUUCUUGAACUGUACCUGGACAAAGGCUAUGAAAUUGUUGGAGUUUUCACCAUACCCGACAAAAACGGCCGUGAAGAUGUGUUGGCAACGACUGCUAAACAAUUAAACAUUCCCGUUUUCAAAAUUUCGGCAUGGAGACGCAAAGGUGUCAUAAUACCGGAAGUGUUCGAAACGUACAAAUCAACCGGUGCAACAUUGAAUGUGUUGCCAUUUUGUUCGCAAUUCAUACCGAUGGAAGUGAUUGAUUAUGCUGCAAUGGGAUCGAUAUGCUAUCAUCCAUCCGUUCUGCCUAGGCACAGAGGUGCCAGUGCCAUAUCAUGGACACUAAUUGAAGGCGAUGCAAUUGCUGGUUUCACAAUAUUUUGGGCUGAUGAUGGCCUUGAUACCGGUCCAAUUUUAUUGACUAGAGAAUGCAGUGUCCUCGAAACCGAUACAUUGGACUCGCUUUACAAACGGUUUUUGUACCCUGUCGGAGUUACUGCCAUGGGAGAAGCUAUUGACAUGAUUGCUGCCGGAAAUGCACCAAAGGUUAAGCAAUCGGAAGUAGGAGCUACCUACGAUCCAGCCAUUUUCAAAGAAGAAAAUCAAGUGAUUGAUCUUGCGCAGCCGGCACUGAGAAUAUUUAAUUUUGUACGAGCCUUGGAUUCUGUUCCUGGUGCCAUUUCUUAUGUGGUCAGUCAAUCCGGCGAAGAGGAAACUGUACGAUUGUUCGGUGCAUCGUUGCUGAGCGAAUUACCGAAAAAUGUGCAGGAAAUUAGGUUCAAGGGCGUGAAAGACAGUGGUGCUUUUGUUCAUGACGGUGGAAUCGUUAUAACUGGUACCGAUGGUAGAUACGUAAACAUACAGCGAAUAAAGAAAGGAAGCCGCAUCAUUGCGGCGAGUAAAUGGUUCGAACAGAAUGUUGCCAGAGUUCCGCUGGAACUGACGCCGGAAGAGAAGCAAAUGGAAGGAGUUUUGCGUGGAUUUUGGGAAUCUAUUCUGAAAGUCGAAGUGGAUGGUGACACAGACUUUUUUGCUUGCGGUGCUGGAUCGAUGGAUGUUGUGCGGUUAGUGGAAGAGGCCAAGGAUGCAUUCGAGAUUAACUUGGAAAAUGAAGCGCUGCUUAUGGCUCCAGUAUUUUCGGAAUUCUUCGAGGAAGUUGUUAAAGCGAAACGAAACGGAGACACUGUCCAAGAAAUUACGGUUCCAUUCGAGGGAUUUGUUAUGAAAGCCAACAAACGAGAGAUUCCCGUGCCAACACAAUUAUUCAUUGCAGGUGAAUUCGUCGAUGCCGAAAAUAACAAAACGUCGGACGUUAUAAAUCCAACGAACGAAGAAGUUCUGUGCAAAGUUGCAUAUGCCUCUGAAAACGAUGUCGAUAAGGCUGUCAAGGCAGCCCACGACGCAUUCUACGGUUCAUGGAAGAGUAUGAAUGCUCGUCAACGCGGUCAAAUAAUGUUCAAAUUGGCCGAUUUGAUGGAACAGCAUAAAGAAGAGUUGGCAACGAUCGAAGCAGUGGACAGCGGUGCGGUUUACACACUUGCCUUAAAGACACACAUCGGUAUGUCCAUCGACGCAUGGCGAUAUUUUGCCGGAUGGUGUGAUAAGAUCGAAGGUUCAACGAUUCCGGUCAAUGCAGCCAGUCCGAAUAAUGUCUUAACAUUCACGAAGAGGGAGCCCAUUGGUGUUUGUGGUCUGGUUACGCCGUGGAAUUAUCCUCUGAUGAUGUUGUCAUGGAAAAUGGCUGCUUGUAUUGCGGCUGGUAAUACCGUUGUCAUCAAACCAGCUCAGGUAUGCCCGUUAACUGCAUUGAAGUUUGCCGAACUCACCGUUAAGGCUGGCUUCCCGAAAGGUGUGAUAAACAUAACUACUGGAGCUGGCUCAUUAGCCGGAAAUGCCAUUGCUCGUCAUCCACUAGUUCGCAAGCUUGGAUUCACCGGAUCGACACCGAUUGGCCAGACCAUCAUGACCACAUGCGCUCAAUCGAACAUCAAAAAAUGCUCGUUGGAAUUGGGUGGUAAAAGUCCUCUGGUGAUAUUUGCUGAUUGCGAUUUGGACAAGGCUGUUAAAUACGGUAUGUCGUCAGUGUUCUUCAACAAAGGAGAAAACUGCAUAUCAGCCGGCAGACUGUUCGUCGAAGAUAAGAUCCACGAUGAAUUCGUACGGCGCGUUGUCAAAGAUACUAAAACCAUUGCCAUUGGAGACCCACUGAACCGAUCAACCGCUCACGGUCCACAAAAUCACAAAGCUCAUUUCGAUAAAUUGCUGGAGUUCUGUGCACGAGGAGUCAGCGAAGGAGCGAAACUAGUGUACGGUGGACGACGUGCUCCCAAUAUGAAGGGAUAUUUCUUCGAACCGACCAUCUUCACAAAUGUUGAAGAUCACAUGUACAUUGCUGACGAAGAAUCGUUCGGGCCGAUCAUGAUCAUCUCCAAGUUCAGUGGUAGUGACGUCGAUGCUGUCGUUAAACGAGCGAAUAAGACGGAGUAUGGAUUGGCGAGUGGCGUUUUCACUAAAGAUCUGGCGAAAGCUCUGCAAUUUUCGGAUAAAAUCGAGGCGGGAACCGUUUUUGUGAACGUUUACAACAAAACGGAUGUAGCAGCACCGUUCGGAGGUUUCAAGCAGAGCGGUUUCGGCAAGGACUUGGGCAAAGAAGCGCUGAACGAAUAUUUGAAAACAAAAUGUGUAACCAUUGAAUAUUGAGUUAAGUUUUACUGGAUUGAAUUUGCUACAACUGGCGUGUGUUCAAUUAAAUGGGAUCUACUGUAACGCAACACGGUGGUGUCAUUUCUUGUAUUAUUUCAUCGCAUUCAUCACCUCCAGCGUCCGACAUCAACUUAUCAACACUUUCGCAAUAAAACGUAAUUUUGGU